AUGCAGGCUCCUGAUCAUGAAGCAACAAACAAUCCAACUUCAAAAAGAAAGAGGGCUGCUGCUCCUCCAGCAAAAUCAGAUAAGAAGUUUAUCUAUCUCACUCCAAUGCCUUUGCAAUCCACUGGAGUUGUUGUUGCUGGCUCUGGCUUACUUAAGAACAAAGGGGAAGGGAAACAAAGGAAAAAAGGACCUUGUGUUGGUACAAAGGGUUUCAGGGCUCCAGAGGAAUUGAUUAAAUCUACACACCAAGAUCCCAAGGUUGAUAUAUGGUCUGUUGGGGUCACUUUACUCUACUUCAUCAUUGGAAGAACACCCUUUGUUGGAGACCCAGAUCAGAACAUAAAAGAGAUUGUAAAGUUAAGGGGCAGUGAAGAUCUAUGA